CACGCUGCCUCAGGGCACGGUGAACAUGAACCUGUGUACAGACGUCAUAGACGCCGAGCCCAAGACGGGCCAGAAGAACUCUCUGUGCAUUAUCACCCCGGACCAGGAGUACUUCAUCAGAGGAGAGAAUAAAGAGAUCAUUAAUGGGUGGAGUGAACAGCUGGUGGUGUACCCCCGGACCAAUAAGCAGAACCAGAAGAAGAAACGCAAAGUGGAGCCUACGACCUCCCAGGAGCCGGGCCCAGCCAAGGUAGCAGUGACCGGCUCUGGUAUCCCUGAGGCGGAGAAGGUUCCAGACUCGAGCUCCAUUAUCUGGCAGGAGGAGCUGAACCAGAGAGAAGCGGAGGGGGCUGCUGUCUGGGCCCCUGCUGACCUGCCUCCAGGAUCCCCGCUGCCCCUCGCGAGUGACUGUGUGCCUCUAGCACAGGGUUCUGACGCAGGCUCAGUGAAUGGCGACGAGGUGGACAGAGGCAGCCUGCCACUGCAUGGCUCUGCUCCCCAGCCCCCCAGUGACCUGCUCUCCCCGACAGGCUCAUGCUCCAGCUUGGGGGGGGUCCCGCGUUGCCUCUCCCCAGCCCCCAGUGACCCCUUCCCCUCCGGCAGCUCCCUGCUCUCUAACGGCUCCCACAUUAGCGGCUCGGUAAGCUCUCUGGACUCGGACGCCAGCGGCAGCACGGUGACCAGCACCGACAGCCACCCGGCCAACCAGAGGGGCAGCCACACCUACAGCCACCACGACACGCCGCGAUCCCGGCGGCUGGAGGCCGAGGCCAGAAAGGCAGAGAAGAGGAGCCGCUUUAGGAGCCCUGACAGGCAGGAGAGGGAGGCCGUCCUCAGCCCCGAGAGGAGUCGCUCCGGUGUUAUUGAGAAGUUGGAGGCUUUGGAGCUGGAGAAUCCAGAGAAAAUGGAGGUGGAGGAGUCGGGGAGGAACGCCAGACAGGGCCGAAGUGAGCACAGACGCUUCCACGGAGAGGAGCAAAGGCAUGGCGUGGGCCAGGGUCUGGAUUUUCCCUCCACCAUGCCGCCUCUGAGGAGAGCCAAGUCCCUGGACAGAAGGACCACGGAGUCAGUCAUGACGCCGGAUUUGCUGAAUUUCAAGAAAGGUUGGAUGGUGAAGCUGGACGAGCAAGGCCAGUGGAAGAAAUACUGGUUUGUUUUGACUGAUCACAGCCUGAGAUACUACAAGGAUUCAAUUGCAGAGGAGGCCUCUGACCUGGAUGGGGAGAUUGACCUGUCUACUUGCUGCAAUGUAACUGAAUACCAGGCUCAACGCAACUAUGGUUUCCAAAUACAUACCCAGGAGGGAGUGCACACUCUGUCAGCCAUGACAGCAGGUAUACGCAGGAACUGGAUCCAGGCAGUCAUGAAGAACGUCAGACCCUCCACUGCCCCUGAUGUGGCAAGCUCAACUGAGGAUCAUGGCUCCUUCUCUUCUUUGGAGGCUCUGGUAAGGCCAGACGUCACCCAGGAAUCUCUCUCCUCUGAGGCCUCGUCUGUGGAGAGAGAAUCCGUACCGGGUGUCAUAAAGAGCCGGGCACGUGAACGCAGACGAGAAGGCCGCUCUAAGACCUUUGACUGGGCAGAGUUCAGGCCCAUCGCUCAGGCUCUGGCUCAGCAGCGAGCACAGGAGGCUGAGAGCCUCCAGGCGGACCUGGGAGAGCUCGAGCGCAGUCGGAGAAGAGAGGAGAGGCGGAAGAGGUAUGAGUCUGUGACCAGCUCAUCGGCAGGGGAUAUAUCCGUUAAAGAAGGAGGGAGGACAGACUGUGAGAGUGGAGAGGGAGCCGGACGACCCCAUUCACCAGGUCCCGUGUCUUUGGAGACGCAGCAGAGGGUGGAGGAGGUGAUUGAACAACACUGGCAACAGGUGGAGAAGACACCCAUACGGGAGGAGAGGAGGGUACCUUUGCCCACCACAGUGCAAUCCGGAGAGACUGCAGAGCUGGAGCGGCUACUAGAGAAUUACAAGCAAGGGAUAGAGGACCUGAAGGCACAGUUGGAGAGCUGUCACCAGCAGCUCCUCGACUCAAACAAGCACAAACAGGAGCUGGAGCUCCAGCUGAGAACGGCACUGGCAAGAGAGCAGGACGUCCGGACAGGUUACAUCUCUCCGGCCACCUGUGAGAGGGGCUUUGCUGCCAUGGAGGAGUCUCAUCAGAAGGUGAUAGAUGAGCUGCAGAGGAAACACCAGAGAGAGCUGGAGAACCUGCAGGAGGAGAAAGAGCGACUGUUGGCAGAGGAGACAGCAGCCACUAUCGCUGCAAUUGAAGCAAUGAAAAACGCCCACCGGACAGAGUUGGAGAAGGAGCUGGACAAGGCUCGCAAGGCCAACAACAACACAGAAAAUGCAGACAUAGAGGAGAUCCGCAGACAGCAUGAGGAGGAGCUGUGUUCGUUCCAGCGGGAGAUCGAGGUGUUGUCGGAGCAGUAUUCCCAGAAGUGCCUAGAAAACGCCCACCUGGCCCAGGCGCUGGAGGCCGAGAGGCAGGCCCUCAGGCAGUGUCAGAGAGAGAACCAGGAGCUCAACGCACACAACCAGGAGCUGAACAACCGUCUCGCAGCAGAGAUCACAAAGAUGCGCUCCAUGACGUCUGAGGACGGAGUAGGAGACACAAACACCACAAUACAGGGGAAAGAGCUCUAUGAGUUAGAGGUGAUGCUAAGGGUGAAGGAGUCAGAGGUCCAGUACCUGAAGCAGGAAAUCAACUCCCUGAAAGAGGAACUUCAAUCUGCCCAAAGAGACAAGAAAUAUGCAACAGAUAAGUACAAGGACAUUUACACAGAGCUGAGCAUCGUUAAGGCCAAAGCAGAGCGGGAUCUGGGCCGGCUCAGAGACCAGCUGCAGCUGGCUCACGAGGCACUCGGGGAGCCGUCGCUGGAGGAGGUGGAGCGGGGAGGUUAUGAUAUCAUGAAGUCCAAAAGCAACCCUGACAUCCUCAAGAUGGCGGCUGCUGCAGCCAAACGCUCAGAGCGCACCAUGAGGUCAAAGAGUCUAAAGGAAGGGCUGACAGCUGAGCAGAGACUCCACCUGUUUGAAAAUAAAGACACUAAGGAGUUCUGACAGUGUCAUGUCAUCUACCUUGCUGCAUGUUUAGAAGCCCACUAUAUUUUAGCUCUGUAAUUACUUAUUUAGUAACACUACACACUGGUCACAAAACACAGAUCAUAUUAAAAAACAUGGUAUGAAGUUUGAAUUUCAUGUCUAGAUUUUGCAUUCCAUGCACUUCAGUUAACUGUGACUAUUUUUUGUAUCGUUUAUUUUUUGCUGCCAUGUCUUAUUGUAAAUACUGUUUUUAAUUAAGCAUAUGUCAUGCAUACACUAAAACUAUGACUGUGUAAGCUACUGUUUUAACUCCCUAGACUGUUGCUAGCCAAAAGCAUAAAUGUGAUGUUUUAUGGCUAAAUACAACUACAUAUUGAUGAGUGAGUAAUACUUGCAUUUAAAAAAAAAACAAAAAACAUAGGAAUGAGUCUGGCAUUCAGGUCUGCACGUUGACGCUCCACCACUCCUUUAUCAUUCCAGCACAAAUGGAAAUGUUACUCAGUAAACAAGCUAUGAGACAAAAGUGCUUGUCCGCAUUAGAAAACAAACACCUACCAUGUUACUUCAUCGCCUCACUUCUAAACUAACAUCAUAGAUGUUCCCUGCAAUCCUUGGAUCAAUCGGUGCUAGAUAGAUAGAUGCCAGUGGAAAGGCAACAGCCGAAUGCACAUGGAUGGGAUUCACUGAUUAUAAUUUAAAUAUAUAUAUAUGAAAAUUUAUAUAGUUUUUUUUUUCUCACUGCAAUCAUCGGUCCAGCUGUAGAGGAGCUGUUGGAGUUGGUUAUGUUUGUAGUCUUGUUCAGUGGCAGUCCCUUUGUAUUUAUUUAAAUGGUUGGGAUUUUUCUUUCACAUUCCCAUUCCUCUGUACUCUAUUAUUGUAAAUAUAAAAGCAAAUAUACACCAACUGACUACAGGUUUAUUAGCAAUAAAUAUUUUUGCACCCUU